AUGGAAGAACUCGAUGCCUUAUUGGAAGAAUUGGAAUUUUCUACUCUCCAAGAUGAUGACUAUUCCAACCCAGCUUCUCUUACCCCGAAUCAACAUUCCAGAAAGGAGAAUAACAAUGCAGAGUCUUCAGAGAUCCUUUCCAGGCCCAGUAAUGUAAGUCUCUUGUUGGUGCAGCCUGUUUAUACUACCAAUAUCCAGAAAACCAAUGUCUACAGUGAGCUUCAAGAACCAAAAGAAUUAUCACCACCACCUAAAACCACAGCAGCUUCUCAACUGGAUGAAAUCAUGGCCAAUCUAUAUGAAAUGCAGGUUAAGGCUGCUGUGAAACCAGAUGCCAGCAAGAAGAACUUACCAGAUAAACAGGAUAACAAGACCUCCUUGGAUUCAAUGCUUGGGAGUUUGGAGCAGGAUUUGCUGAACCUUGGAAUUACCACAGUGCCCAAGGGUCAUUGUGCUUCCUGCCGGAAACCGAUUGUUGGGAAGGUGAUCCACGCUCUAGGGCAGUCAUGGCACCCAGAACACUUCAUCUGUAAUCACUGCGAGGAAGAGAUUGCCUUCAGACCCUUUUUUGAGCGGAGGGGUGUGGCCUACUGCCCCAAGGAUUACCAUCAACUUUAUUCUCCACGCUGUGCCUACUGUGCUGCCCCCAUCAUAGAUAGAGUGCUGACAGCAAUGGACCAAACUUGGCACCCAGAGCACUUCUUUUGCUCUCACUGCGGAGAGGUGUUUGGUGAAGAAGGUUUCCAUGAAAAAGACAAGAAGCCAUAUUGCCGAAAGGAUUUCUUAGCCCUGUUCUCCCCCAAGUGUGGUGGCUGCAACCGCCCAGUAUUGGAAAACUACCUUUCAGCCAUGAACACUGUCUGGCAUCCAGAAUGCUUUGUUUGUAGGGAUUGCUUCAGCACUUUUUCUACUGGCUCCUUCUUUGAACUGGAUGGACGUCCCUUCUGUGAGCUGCACUAUCACCAGCGCCAAGGGACCCUCUGCCAUGGAUGUGAGAAGCCCAUCACUGGGCGCUGCAUCAGUGCCAUGGGAUAUAAGUUUCAUCCUGAGCACUUUGUUUGUGCUUUCUGCAUGACACAGUUGUCCAAGGGCAUCUUCAAGGAACAGAAUGGCAAGACCUAUUGUCAGCCCUGUUUUAAUAAGCUCUACUCCCUGUAAUCUUAGCUGUCCCCAGCUUGUCUCUUUAGAUCCUCUAUAAAAAUGAGAUUACUAGAAGAGAGAGUACAUAGGGUACAGCUUAUUUUAUAUUUGAUAGGUUAUA